GCCCCCGCCUCAUUCUGCAAAUGCACCUGUUUCUCCAACAGCACAAUCAUCCAACUCGGCCCCGCGGACCCGCGCACCUCAUCCGUGCUCCCUGACCUGGAACGACGAAACGGGAACGUUUCGAUCCCAAUCCCCUCCGAUUCGACGGCUGGUACGGAUCUAUCGUCAUCGUCAUCGUUCUUGGAAACCCGUGAAAAGGACAAGAAGUACCGGGCGCCGAACUGUAAUGAUUGUAAUCGGAAAUUCUGCCUCGAUUAUAAUUUGCCGAUCUGUAAGGGCGCGAAGGAGGAGGAUGUUUUUACGACUUGUUUUCAGCGAGAUUCCAGAAAAGAUGAGGCGGUAGUCUUUAUUUUCAUUUUCGCGACGGGAGGUCUACUUGCCUGGGCGGCUGUGAAGCCGUGGGCACAGAAAUGGCUUGAGGCAGCAAGAGAAAGGAGAUCCUACGCUCCCGUUUCGGAGAGCGGGGAUAACUGA